AUGCGAGCCGAAGAGCACCAAGAUGCCCCAUCCAAUGAAGCCAUUCUCAAGACCCAAAGGAGACUCCGCGAGAAGACCAGCAUCCGUAAGGUGAAGGUAAUCCCGAACCCCAAGUACCAACGCAACGGCACCAAGGCAUACGUUCGGACUUUAGUGCGCUACCAGUUCCAGCCUACCAAGCCAGGUCCAUAUUACAAGUACUUCGACCAGGAGCCCAAGACAGGAAUUCUCGCUGCUCUAUGGAGUGCCCUUUCUUUUGAUAAGAAGGGCGAUAAGAAACCAGGCUAUGUCCCAGCUUCGGACUUCGAGUACGACGCUGCGUAUCUGUGUGAGGUACUCGUCGGUAGCAAUCAGCAGAAGGUCAUGCUGGAUUUUGAUACUGGGUCUUCAGAUCUCUGGGUCAACCCCCGCGCCUUCAACCCCUCCCAGUCCAAGACCUGGACACUCAAACAAGGAAAAUCCUGGACCAUCCAAUACGGUGACGGGAGCCACGCCUCAGGCUUCGUUGGUACAGACAACAUCUCUGUCGGCGGCCUUCUCAUUCGCAACCAAGCCAUAGAGGUUGCCGAGACCCUCUCCCCGGAACUCGCCCAGUCCGGCAUGGACGGCCUGUUAGGUCUCGCCUUCCGCAAGCUCAACUCUGUCUCCAACCACGGCAUGCCCGAUCCGCAGAACACCCCCAUGGAAAACAUGAUGUCGCAGGGGGAUGUGCCCAAGGAUGCGCAGGUUUUUACUUGCGCUUUAUACAGCGUGCGUGAUGGGGAUGACAACAGCGAGAGUAAGGAGUCGUUUUACACGUUCGGCUUUAUCGACAGCGAUUUGGUCAAGAGCUCUGGGCAGGAUAUCACUUGGAUUGAUAUCGAGACGCGUCGCGGGUUCUGGGAAUUCUCUUCCCCCACUGUCAGCAUUAAUGGGCACACUAUUAAACGGUCGAAUAACUAUGCUAUUGCCGACACAGGUACUACCCUGGCACUAAUGAGCGAUGAAGUCUGCGAGGCACUGUAUAAAGCUAUCAAGGGCGCGACCUAUUCAAACAAAUACAUGGGCUGGGUGGUGCCGACAAGCGUGACGCUGGAUGACUUACCCGAGUUCAAGAUUGGCGUGGGGAGAAACGAAUUUGUCAUUCAGAAGGAGGAUUUGCUGUAUGGGCUGGCUGAUGAGAAGCUGUGGUACGGAGGGGUGCAGUCCAGGGGGAAGAACUCGUUCGAUAUUCUGGGGGACACGUUCCUUAAGUCUGUUUAUGCUGGGCAUAAACGCUUUGGCCUGGUGCCUAAGAUUGAGCCGACACAGAACAUCACUCCUCCCCAGCCUGUCCAGAAACGGAAGUAA